AUGGAGUGCGGCCGUAGGCAAUGGCAAGCGCAGCUGGCGGGGCUCGCGCUCGCGUUCCUCCUCUUUGCGCCUGAGUUGGUGCAGUGCGCGGGCGCCGAGGCCGACGGCGAGAAGGACGGGCUGGCGUCGCCGGGGAAGACUGUGCCGCCGGUUCCGCCUGGGUGGACCGGCGACUCGGGGUCCGCCCAGGGGUCCAGCCCUGACGGCUCCACCUGGAAGUACGAGUGGGGAUGGGCUGCCGGGCCUGUUGGAAAGGGCUCCGGUUUCGGAUACGGUUACGGUUACGGUGGCAGCGGUGAUGCAGGCGGCGGGGGCGAAGGUGGUGGCAGUGGCGGAGGAAGCGGAAGAACGUUUGGUCCACGCGAUCGCGGAUACGGUGGAUAUCCCGGUGGCUAUGGUGGCAACGGUGCUGGUGGUUAUAAUGGGGAAGGAGCGUUUGGCGGCGAAGAUGGUGGCGCUGGCUGGAACAAGCGCGGUGGAUUCCGCGGUGGAGGGACGCAGAAGAAGCAGGACGGUGGCGGUAAAAACUGA